CAAAUGUGUGGUCCCUAUAUUAAGGAGCAGUUAUAUGAGGGUCUUACUUCUGGUUUCUUGCCAUUUGAGCUUCCUGUGUAUCCUAUCGUUAAUGGCACAAUAAUGAACCCUGUGCCAUUGAAUUAUUUCAAGCAGUUUCCUGACCAUGUAUCCACUGGGUUUGCAUAUCUGAGUAUGGGUAUUGCAGACACAAGGAUGCCUAUAAGUUGCUCCUCCUCUUCUUCUUGUAAGGACAUGGCAGUUUAUGGGCAAGAUCGAUCUUUUGAGCAUGCUGCUUCUUUAGCUGUUAACCCUGAUUCACAGUCUGUUUCACAGUCACUUGUCAAUUACUGCAUUAACGACUCCAAUCACUUAAAUUCAAACUCAGCAGCAUUCAACAGCAUAAUAUCUUGUCCGAUGUUAGUCGAAGAAUGCUGUUGGCUUUAUGAGGAUAAUAAGGGUAUGAAACAUGGGCCCCAUUCUAUUUCAGAAUUGAUUUCCUGGCACCGUCAUGGAUAUCUUGAAGAUUCAACAGUGAUCUCUCAUUCUGACAAGAAGCAUGGCACCUUUGUGCUACUGUCUGCUGUAAAUGCAUUGAAAGGAGAUAUAUCAAGAACCGUCUAUGGAUCAGGUUCCAAAAGCAAUGAGGUUGGUUGUAUGGUUGACUUAAUUUGUGAAAUAUCUGAAAACAUUUCUUCCCAACUGCACUUGGGUGUCAUGAAAGCUGCCCGCAGAGUUGUGCUGGAUGGGAUUAUUGGUGAUAUCAUUGCGGAAUUUGUUACUGAAAAGAAACAUAAGAGGCAUAAGCUUGAAUCAGCUGAUCAGGUGUCUGAGACUUGCAUAUUGGACAGCAAAAUGUCUAAGUUUGCUGUGGAGAUAAGUAAAGGUACUGCCAUUCCAAGUAAGCCUGCAUCUUCCCAUAUUUUGGAUGAUCAGGCAUGUCUUGAGAUUUCCAGAUCGUCUUCAACAAGCAAUAAAUCUGUUGGAAGUGUUGAAAAUUUUUGGUGGUCAUACGCUGUUGUUCGGAAAGUACUUUUUGAUUAUUGCAUGCAAGUCAUGUGGAAUUCUGUGUUUUUUGACACACUAGCAGAAUACUUAAUUUCCUGGAGAAAGAGCAAACUUUGGUCUUGCCCUAAACAUGAACCAUCUGCUAAUGGAUGUGGAGAUUAUUAUGUUGAAAAGAUUGAAUCUGAAGCUUUGGUUCUCAGGCCAGGUUCCUCUGAAUGCAAUGCUGAUGGCAAUAAUCGGUUCAGAGCGCUUUCAAUGGAAAGAGAUUAUCAUCCUCUAUUGUCCUCAUCUCCUAGUAGCCUCAAAGGUGGAAACGUACUUGAAGGUCAAAGAGUUUCAUGCACUUAUUAUAACUCUAAAGAUUUGACAUGCAUUCUUGAAAAUGUGGAGAAUGAGCUUCAUUCCUCUUCAAAGUUGUCUUUAGCUGAAUACGUUCGAAGCUUUGUUGAAGAGGAAGUGAACAAAUUAAUUCAUUUGCCAGGAAAAUGCGAAUUGCGUGAGGUUGCUGUAAGUGACUGCGGUUUUUCAGAGAUAAUUACUGGUAAAACAUCUGUGAAGGAAAUUCUGAAUGACAAUUCUGUGGAUCCUGUAAAAGCUGGGGAUUCAUUUUUUGAGUCUUCAUCUGGAAACCAAAUGUUUAAUGUAUUCUCAAAAGCAUUUAAGGAGUUGUAUGGAUACAUAGGUAAUGUGGUUAAUGAAGAGGAGAUUUGUGAUCUACCACCUGGAUUUGAAGAGAAAUCUCGAACAAUCUCCCUCCACCACAAUUCUAAAUUUCGACCUUCAAGGUUAGUUGAAUGUAAUCCUAAGAUUCCAGAAUAUGUUGCAACUGCACUGUGCCGGCAGAAGCUGCAUGAUGAAGUUCUAGAAGAGUGGAAGUCGUUGUUUCUUGAUUCUGCACUCAAUCAAAGCGGUAUAUCAUCAUGUACCAUAAAGAAACAUUUUCAGUCUGAUGGUCACGAGAAAGGGAAAGUAUUCAGUGUAAGCAAGGAACAUUUGAAUGAUGCUACUUCUGGACUGGGAAGAGUGAAGGAAGGAGCAAAAAGUUCUUCUGGUGUUCCUCUGGUGGUUGGAAAGUAUACAUAUUACCGCAAGAAGCUAUCACGGAAGGAGUUGUGUUCAUCACAAUCUGUAGCAGAUGAUUCUGGGCCAGGGAAGCAGCCUGUGGCUAAGUUAAGGAAACUUGUUUCUGGAGAUGUGGGUGAGACUGCAGAAAUUAAAAAAGCUGCUGUUAAUCGUGGAAAGACUAGGGUGAUUAAAGGGAAGGAUACAUCUUCUAAGGGCAGGUCGUCUCCUGUCAAUGUCAACAGUAGGUUGCAUAGUGAUCAAUUAUCCUUGAAGAAUAAAACUAAUCGGAAAGUUUUGAAGUUCUCACAUAAAGUUCAAAAUGAUGUUAUGGAUGUUGUAAAAUCUAAGGGUGUUGGCAUGAAGAAGGUGGUUAGAAGUGGCUGUGAUGGCUCCAUUCAAGGGAAGACCACUGGUCAUUGCUCCAGAGAGAUACUAAAUGCAACAAAUAAAGUGUCAAAAUCAAAAAGGAAGCAUCUAAUGGAUGGUAUGGCAUCAUCCCGUCCUGGGAAGGUUUUGAAAAUUUCAAAUGAUGGUGCGAAGCUGGGAGCUAGCAAACACGUUUCUAAGGCAAGGAGGAAUUCUGCUAAGUCCAAGCCAUUGAAUUUAUGUCCUAGAUCUGACGGAUGUGCUAGGACUUCUAUUGAUGGGUGGGAAUGGCAUAAAUGGUCUCGAAGUGCCAGUCCUGCAUACAGAGCACGUGUCAGGGGUCUUCCAUGUCUACCAAACAAGUGUAUAGAUUCUGAAAAUAAUUUAUCUCAGUUGUCAAAUGGAAAGGGUCUUUCUGCCAGAACAAAUAGGGUGAAAUGGCGUAAUCUUCUUGCUGCUACUGAGUGUGCGGAUCUUCUGAAAGGGCCUCAAUUAAAGGCUAGGAAAAAGCGUUUACGUUUUCAAAGGAGCAAGAUACAUGACUGGGGUCUUGUUGCCUUGGAGCCAAUAGAGGCAGAUGACGUUGUGAUUGAAUAUAUCGGAGAAUUAAUCCGUCCUCGGAUAUCUGAUAUACGUGAGCGUCAAUAUGAGAAGAUGGGAAUUGGAAGCAGUUACCUUUUUAGACUUGAUGAUGGAUAUGUGGUUGAUGCUACAAAGAGAGGUGGGAUUGCAAGAUUUAUUAACCAUUCUUGUGAGCCUAACUGCUAUACAAAGGUUAUAUCCGUGGAGGGUCAAAAGAAGAUUUUCAUAUAUGCAAAACGGCAUAUAGCUGCUGGUGAGGAAAUUACAUACGAUUAUAAGUUCCCCUUGGAGGAGAAAAAGAUUCCCUGCAACUGUGGUUCCAAAAAGUGUCGUAGAUCAUUGAAUUAGGCAAUGAUUGAGUCUCUAAUCCUGGUUGUUCAUUUCAAGGUUACUUGUUAACUUAUUGGGUGGAAAAUUAUUUUGCCGUGGAUUAUGCUCCCUAAAUAGUUGGAUGUUGCACUUUGAAGAUUUGAAGACUCUGUUUUAUAUUUCACCUGACUUCAAAUUGGAUGAGUUGCAAGAGUACUUGCUUAUGAUCAUACCUUGUUAUGGAUCAGCAUCAUUAAUGAUAGGCUGAACUGAAUACUAUUGAUGAUUGGGAUACAAUUUGGGUUGCCUACUUGUUCGGUGAUGAAAUAACUAACUCGACAUUCUUGUAGACUUUUUGUGGCAGUUGAGUUUCUCCUCUUAGCAGCUGUAAAUAAUUGUUUCCAUGUUCAUAUGAUCUAGUGAAGGAAUGAUUUGGUACAAAAGAUACCUAAUUUUUUAAUUAGUAAAAAGCUUUGGAAACAUUAGUGCAUGCUACUGAAAAUCGCAAUAGUGCAAACCUCAAAUCCCCUCUUCCCCCUCCCUAAUACUCCAAUUUUUUUAUUUUAUUUUAUUUUUGGUCACAUCCUCCUUGUUUGUGUCACAAAGAUUCGAUGGAAUUGUGUUAGUAUCUGCGGCUGAA